AUGGAAAUUCAUCGAUUCCGGAUCGACAUGUAUGUUCUUCGCAUCGAAAAGCAGGAUCUCGGUAUAAUUGACAUACCAAGUAAUUUUUCAUGGUCACAAUCCCCAUCUCUUCGUUCAAUACGUAUUUUUUCUCCAAAUAUAAAUAUAAUUCCAUUAAUUCUUCAAUCAUGUAUUCAAUUAACUCAUUUUGAAGUACGUAUUACAAGUGAACAUCCUUUAGAUAUAUCGUCUUUACCAAUAAUAUUUAAUCAUCCAUUAAAACAAUUUAUUUUUUUACAAUCUCAAAAUUCAACAUUUGUUUAUGAUAUUGCAAAUAUAAUAUAUUUAAUACCAAAUAUAAAACGUAUAGAUUUACGAUUAUGUACAAGAUCAUUUAUUGAUUUAAUUAAAUUAAUUUCAAAAUAUUUAAAUGAUUUAAAAAAUUUUCAUUGUCAUAUUAUUGAAUAUCCAAAUAAAGAUGAAAAUAUUGAUAUUAAUAUAUUAAGAAAUAUUCAUCCAUGUUAUUCUGGUAUUCAAUGUACAUUACGAGAAGAUUGCUUUUGUUUAUAUACAUCUAAAAAAGAUCACAAAUAA